AUGGCGAAAAUACCAAUUAUGCUACAACUGGAUGGGAAUUGGGAUAGCUAUGGGAGAUUUAGAGAAUUUGAGGUCGAUGAUAGUACACCAAGUUCUAUUGAAAUAGGACAAGUAUACCAAGACAAGGAAACAAUUGCAGCUGCAAUGAAGCAUUAUUCUGUCAUGCACAAGUCCAAUUCAGGGUUAAAAGAUCUAGUGCUAGAAGAAUUCUACUGGCUGAUAUGUGUUGGUGAAAAUUGUACAUGGCACUUCAAGGCAACUAGCAUAAAUGAUUCUGCAAUGUUCAAGGACAGAAAUUUCGACAGCCAGCACACAUGCUCUUUAUUGGACAAUACAUUCAUACAACGCAAACUUACUGCCAUGGUAUUUGGUAGAAUUUCUGAUCCUAAGACAAUUUACGCCCCGAAAGACAUUCAAUUUGACAUGUUGUCUGAACACGGCGUGAAUCUAACCUACAUGCAAGCCUGGAGAGCAAAGGAAAAGGCUUUACAGUUUAUGAGAGGUCAUCCUGCUGACUCCUACAGCAAAUUGCCUAGUUAUUUGUAUAUUCUAGAGAAGACUUAUCUGGGGUCUGUAGUUAAAUUGAAGAAGACAGACGAUGACUGCUUCUUGUAUGUAUUUGUUGCGAUUUGUACGUCAAGCAGUGGUUGGGAAUAUUGCAGGCCAGUUGUAGUAGUUGAUGGGACAUUUUUGAAUUCAGCAUACAGGGGAAUAAUGCUAACAGCCAGUACAAUGGAUACAGCAAGUACUGAAGUUUUAUUGUAG